AUGUCUUCUUGUUUGUGUCUUUAACACGAUAACUAAUUCGUUGAGUAUGUAUGUUUGGACAAUAAGUGUAGACAAAAGCUUCAUUGCAAUAAGUGUGUUAAAUUUUUUGGUAAAGAUCAUGUUUUGAUGGACAUCAAAAGAGUUCAGUAAUCUCUUUUAAGAUUAUCUCUAAAUGAUAAAAUUGUGACUUCAAGGAACUUCGAACUUGCAGAUUAAGAUUUAGUUCAUUUUGUUGAAGGAAAUGACAUAAAAGAGAAGUAAGAAUAGUAUAUUAAAAGUAUGCUUUAAGAGAGAGAGGAAAUCAGAAAAAACUGCCUAAAUGAGAUUUAACAAAGUAUCGAGUAGAUAAUGAAAGAUAACUAAAGAUCUUUGUAUAACUUGUAAGAGAGUCUUAAGAAAUGUUACAGCAGAAAAGUAGAUGAAAUAAUCUCGCUGGAGUAGUUGAGGAACUAAACUUUUAAGCAUAAAGCAUUGCUUUAACUUUAAAAUUAGUUCAAGUAUAGUGAGUAUGCAGAAUUAAAUGAUAGUGUUAUGAGGCUUCAUUCUGGUAAAUAUGAGCUUAUGUACGCAAAAUAACUAAAUAAGCAAAUUUUCUUUGACAUUCAGUAAAAAAUAGCAACUUUUGUAAAAAUACAAAAUGAAAUGAUAAAUAACUUUUGUGGGUAGUUUUAGGCUCUAUUUUAGUUAUAAAUAGAAAAUGCUUAGCAUCAACAGAAUAGCAGGACUACAUAAUUAUCAAAAAGUGGUAUGCUUAUUAAAUCUUAAAACAAAUAAAACCUCGAUUCAUACAAAGUAAGUAACUCACCUUUAAAUUUAUUUAAGCCUAAAAGCGAAGUAAGUUUUUUUGGUCCAUAAAAUAAAUUUCACUCCUCAGAACUAACCAACUUAAACAAAACUGCACUAAUGCCUAUAAUUUAAUAAAAUAAAUCUUCAAAUAUUAAUUUAUCAGGGAUCAGGUCAUCCUUACCUGAAGUCAAAAAUAAUGCCCCUUCGAAUUCAUUUGUAUUGCCAUCUACACUGUCUCCCGACAAUAAUAAUCUCUCAAAUAUCUACCAAAUUAAAUCAAUAGGUAAUUUAGAUACUAAAUCAGAAUACUACAAGGAGGUUGAAGCUCCUUUUAAAACAAAGAACUAUUAGUCAUAAUCUUCUAAAACAAUAAAAACAAAUUCCACAUAUAACAGAGAAACAAGACAAAAGAAUUCUUUUUAACUAGAAGAUGAUGGAAAUUAUCUUUUGGUUGAUAAAUAUUCUUCUUAAAUUUCUAAAAAUAAAGAAAGAAUUAAAUAGCACAGCUCAAUCAAUCCUUUUGAAUCAAAAAUAAGCUAAUAGCCAUCUAGUUUUUCUUUAUUGCCACAAACAUCUAACUUGAAUUUCUCUGUUUCUACACAACACUAUUAAAGUCAAUCUCUUUAAAAUAUAAAAACACCUAUUUUUAAUUAAAAUUUUGAGAGAUAAGUAAAAUCUGUAGUUUAAAUUAAUGAAGAAACUUUUGUUUUUGGAACUGUUGAUGGUUUCAUGAAAAUAAUGGAAAUAAAUAAUAAUGAAAAAUGCAUUUAUGAAGUUGAAAGUUAUGUGGCUCACUAAAAACUUUCUAAGCUAAAAAAAUGCUGGGAAGAAAAUGGAGAAAUAUUAUUUUUUAGUAAUGGCAUAGACGAGCAAGGCCAGAAUAGUAUCAAGCUUUGGCAAAUGAAAAAAGGUGUUUCUGAUAUUAGAUAAUUAUUAGUUUUGCAAGAUUUGCAUGGAAAAAACGAAAUUGACCAAGUGCUAUUCUUAAAACUUGAAAAAGGAUAAGAAGGUGAGUAAAAGAAAAUAUAUUUUGCAACACUUUCCACAAGUAAUAAGAAAUAAGUUAUUAAAUUGUGUUUUGCCCAAAUAGACUUUAGUUCAAUAAAAAGAAAAACUCGCUCUGAAAAAGACAUAACCGAAAAUGAGCCAUAAAUUUAAGUUGUUUAGUAAGAAACAACAAGCUGCAAAGUAGAAGUUAUUACUGAAAUUGUUGAGGAGCUAGUAAACCAAAUAAAGAAGCUUUCUUUCUUUGAUGCUGAAGAAAAUAAACUUUAUGCCUACAGUAAUAAGCAGCUAGUUUAGUAUAUCUUAGAUGAUGAAAUGAAAUUAAGUAAAAAACUGAACAAAAUAAUGGUUUAAAAUAAAGUAGAUAACAUAAAAGCGAUUAUUCCUUUAAAUAAAUGUGUAAAAAAUUAAGAUGAUUAGAUUUUAUUUUUAAAUUAGUUACAAAGUAAUUCUUUAUAAAAACUAUUUAAUUAUCUAUUACUUUUCACACACGAAGGUAUACUCAAAAUUAUUAAUUCUAGCAAUCUUUCUAUUACAAAAAGCGAAUUAGAUUUAAGUUCUCUUGAUAAAAAUUAUAGUUAUUCAUCCCAAGUUAAAAAGGUUAUCCCAGGUAGAGAUGGUAACUGUUUGCUCCUAAUCAACAACAACGAUGAUUAAUGCUAGCAUGUUUUUGAAUUAAAUAUUCUUAAUAAAACUCUAAAACAAUAACAAGGCUAUUUUAAGGACAAAGUCACUAAAUUUUAAUUAAUAAAUUAAGAUACAUUUUUAACGAUAGAAGAUUAUCAAGAAUUAUCAAUAUGGUAAUAAGUAUGA